AUAUGUGAGAGCAGCUCACGAUGGCAUUCCUCCAGGUGGCACGGAGGGUACCCAGCGAGCUGGACAGCUUCCUUAUAAAGGUCGACACCAAGACCUGAGGAUGAACAAGCACCGGUGGAGCCAACUUCUAUAAAAUGGAGUUCGCCUCUGUUUUACCUACUAAUGUGGCGCUUCAGUUCAACGAGACGACCGUGGAAUAUGAUGAUGGAGAUGACCCGGACGCUGUCACGUUGCUGUCCAUAUUGCUUGUCGGUAUAUUCCUAUCGCUGCUAAUAUUCCUGAGUGUGGCUGGGAACAUACUGGUCUGCAUCGCAAUAUACACGGACCGAGGUUUGCGACGCAUCGGCAACCUGUUCCUAGCAUCGUUGGCUAUCGCUGACAUGUUAGUAGCAGCCGCUGUUAUGACAUUCGCUGGAGUUAAUGAUUUGCUUGGAUACUGGGUCUUCGGCGAGCAAUUCUGCGACACCUGGGUAGCAUGUGACGUCAUGUGCUCAACUGCCUCCAUUCUCAACCUGUGCGCAAUCUCGCUCGACAGAUACAUACACAUCAAAGACCCUUUGAGGUACGGACGAUGGGUGACACGUCGAGUGGCAGUGGCUACUAUAGCUAUGAUCUGGCUCCUAGCUGGCCUAGUGAGCUUCCUACCCAUUUCGCUGGGGCUGCACCGGCCUGAUGAAGAGGCCCUGGCCACACAGAAGCCGCCAAGAUACCCCACGUGUGCUCUAGUGCUGACUCCGACUUAUGCCGUCGUAUCCAGCUGUAUAUCGUUCAUACUGCCGUGUAUAGUCAUGAUUAGUAUAUACUGCAGGCUAUACUGCUACGCCCAGAAACACGUGAAAUCGAUCCGGGCCGUAACCCGAACGGUUCAGAUGCCGGACAACCGGACGAAGUCGGUGCGAACACGGGUCCAUACACAUGUGCAUUCAUCCCCCUACCAUGUGUCCGAUCAUAAGGCAGCCAUCACUGUCGGCAUCAUAAUGGGAGUCUUCCUGCUAUGUUGGGUGCCAUUCUUCUGUGUCAACAUCGUCGCUGCGUUCUGUAAAACGUGUAUACCUGAUCUGGCGUUCAAAAUCCUGACGUGGCUCGGAUACUCAAACUCGGCGUUCAACCCUAUAAUAUACUCGAUAUUCAACACAGAAUUUCGGGAAGCGUUCAAAAAGAUACUCACAUCUAGGUACCCUCCGUGUUGUGGGUACCAAAGUGUUAGGGCUAACACACCUACGAGGAACGAUAACUUCGUAACUGAUUACGGUACUAAGACUUUAGUGGUACGCCGGAGCGGGUCUCUGGGCCUAUCAGGAGUAGAUCCUACUCCAAGGUCAUCAGCCGAGUCAGUACGUCCACUCAGAGAGUACCACAUUUGACAAGAAGACGGUAACAGCAACAACGGGCUGCUGGAUAAAAGCGACGUGGUUUGAACGCCCGAAGACUGGUAUGGGAUAAAGAAAAUGUAUUUACACAAUGCAUACAAAAGGUCGUCUCUAUAAGGAACGCAAGCGGCGCGCUUGACGUCAAUUUGUUUUGCUUUGACAGCCCUAGCGCUAAAGGCGGAUUUGGUCAGUCGUUGAACGACGCUCGUCGUGUAAAGACGUCCUCAGAGGUUGAAGAUAUGUUUGUAAAAUUAAUUAAAUCUUGAAAAAUGCGCCGUCUUUUGUGUGAAUUGUGAUACUAAAUGUAUGAAAAUAUAAGCCUUGCGAAGGUUUAUUAAUUAAUGUUGGCGCUUCAAAGCCAUUGAAUUAGAAUAGUUACGUGUCAUAGCAAUUAUGUCUAUCAUUACAUUCGCAUGUUCAAAAACAUUCAUAUCAUUAUCGUGUAAUAAAAUAUUUAUAGCAAUGUAAUAGAGAUUAUGUAUAAAGAGAUACGGUGUUAUUUAAUUAACGAAGAGCAUUUAAUAAUAUUAUGGCGAGGUAGCUUGUAGUAGAACAAAUUUUGUUUCGUUUAUUCCUAGCCUGUUCUCAUUAAUUCCUUGACCAUAGUAAUCACCACAGUUGAACUAAUAGAAGACCUUUAUUCUCAGUGGAUGUGACUUCAUUCAUUUUUGAAACAUGUAUAACCAUUAGUACCCUUAGUAUGAGAUUGCUUUACGUUUAAAGUAAUCGGAACGAGAGCGUUCGGUGCUCUGAUUGGUUUAUUUAUUCGAGCCGGCCAAUCAGAGAGCCGAACGCGCUCUUGUUUCGAUGAUUUUAAACGUAAACCAAACUCAUACUAAGAGCACAUGCCUUGACAGUCAUUGCUUGACUUUAUUAUCAGUAUAUAAAACUACAUGGAAUUUCAACUAAUCUAUUUCUACACAAUAUGCCAGCAAUAAACUAAAAACAAGGUGUGUAAAAUGAAUAUAACAAUUCAAAACUCCAUUAUUGUAGAUUUGUCCGUAAUUAAAACGUAAUUAAUGACUAAACUUUUACAAGAUGACAAGAAAAAAGAUUUUUCUCUAACGAAAAAUUUCCUAAUUAUUUUCGUAAUUAGUUUCGUUUUUUUACAAAAGUCUAACAUGGUAUCUACGUUGUAUUAUUCUAUUAAAAUGUAGAGGAAAAAAUACAUAACAUUUACCUAAAUUAAGUAAUCGAGGCUCACUAAUUUGAUUUGUUUCUUUUGAUUUAGUUAUUACAAUGAAAUUAAGGAAUUGGGCACAUUUGUUUUCGUAGAAACUCCGUUCAAAGUUAUAAGGGACUGUUUCUAAGAACAAUCUUCAGUGUCCUUGUUAUUUUUUAAAAUGUAAAUCACGAUCACGCUACUGCUGUACCUCUACCUUGAGUUUGAAGCAAUACCUAGUAUUUGUCGAUAGUCGCUAGCGACGACGUAAUUUUUUUGUUUGUCAAAUUUUACAACGCCUCUACCGGUCACCUGUAGAACUAAAAUUUGCCAUACAAAACAAUUACAUCGAUGCUAUCAGCUAUCGACAAAUACUGCUUCAAACUCAUGGUAGAGGUACUGAAUGUGGUUCCAUUCCAAAAUGUAUGCAAAAGUAAGUAAAAAUACAAUAACCAAAGAAUAUCCCAAACAUUAAUUAAAAAACUAUUCUAGUCAACAGAAUACCAAACAUCUUAGAAACAAUUUAUACUUUAUUUACAUUUAAUUUAUUCUUCCCAUCUAGUCAAAGAUAAAAGAUAUUUACCAACCGUUUACAUUUUUAUUAAUUUGCAAACUCCUGUGAUACUUCUGUAAAUAAAAUGUAAAUGUAAAAAAAUGUUUUUGUAAAAUAAUAUUUUAGGAAUUAGGAAGGUAUAAAAUACAAUAUAAUGGAGGUAAAAUUUAUUAAAAUAUUUACCGGCGCGUUCUUUGUUUAAAUUAUUGAAGGCGUUCUUGCUUCUAUUUUUUCAAUCAAAGUUUUGAAGAUUAAAGACAUUUUUUACAUUUUUAUGUUAAUUUAAAUGAAUGGCUUUGAAAUAAAAUUUUAAUUUUAAUGGACGAUUUGCUAGCCCUUUCAGACUGAUUGCUUUAUUAUUACCCGCUUAGAAUUAAAAUUUACUUGGGUCGUAAACUUUCGAGUUACUCAGUAAUAUUGCUUAAAGUAAGUUGUUUUUGAAAUGACCAUUUUUAGUUCACCUUUUAUGUAAAACUGUGUAUAAUAUUAUUAAAAUAUUUGAUAUUUUAUAUAUAAUUGUGUUGUAAAUAAUCAUCAUUCAAAAUGUAUAAUAGAAUUUAUUGCAUUACUAUUUUAUUAAUAUUUAAGCUAAAAAAUGUAAUUCAGAUAAUAUGCAAAUUAUUGAAAUAAAAAAUCUGAUCUCUUAGAGAUAUUUGUUAGUUAUAGUUAUGUUUAUAAAACAAAAUACCUAGUACCUGUUAUUUGUUAAAUCCACAAUCAAUAUGCACUGUCAUUGUAUAUUUAUAUUAUGUAGAUUGCACUUAAAAUUAUCCCUAGCUUGUAGCUUCAAAAUAUGUAAGACAAAUAAUGGUAGAAAUAACAUACGACUUUAAUAUUUUGAUUUAUCUAAUGAUGACAUUUAGUUUUGAAAUAACAAUUCAAUAAAAAUAAUUCCAUAAAAAAUCACAAA